AUGGAGGGUUGCUCUUAUUACUUGGCAAUGGUACUGGUUCAGCUAAUAUAUGGUGGAUCAAACAUCCUCAUAAAAUUCUCCCUUGCAGAAGGACUCAAUCCAAUUGUGUUCGUCGUUUACCGCGGCAUGUUGGAGAAGUUGAAGAUUAGAACUGCUAGAGGUCAAGAUAAGGUGGCUGGCACACUUUUCUGCAUUGGUGGUUCUCUUGUUUUCACUUUCUGGAAAGGAGGAUACCUAUUUAAAGGUUUCGUAAAUAUAUCUGUUGGUGAGAUGAGGCAUGUGAAGGAAAACUGGAUCAAGGGGCUUUUCUUAUUCUGA